CCUUGAUUAAUCAACAUGGACGUUGCUUGGUGAGCCGCAGGAUGUUGAAAAGAUGUAACCAUGACGAAGAUAUCCACCAUCCCGCGCGAAAGCGCAUACAUAUGGCACGGGUUGAAAAAACAGACCUCAUCUCAACUCUAAGCGACGAACUUUUGCUUCAAAUACUGUCUUUCUUGCCAACAACAACUCUACUUCUCUGCCAACGACUAUCUCGUCGAUUCUACGCAUUGGCAGGAGAUUCGGAGCUGUGGAAAAGGCAAUACUACUCACAGUGGGUAUGGCCUCGAACGCGUCGCACAACAAACAGAAGGUGUGCCGGGUUGUCUUCAUCCAAUUUCAAUUACACACCAAAAGUGUCAACGUGGCUCGACCAUGGGCACCUAGCGAGAGGCAGCGCAGUCACAAAUUGGAAGAGGCAAUAUCGUCUUCAGCACAACUGGUCCAGAGGGAUCUGCCGAGUGGUUGAAAUCGAGUUCCCCCAACCGCUGCGGCCGCCAAUGUUGGUGGAUUUCUGUGCCGGGUUUGUCUUUGUGGUGGACUUGGACUAUACACUCAGGAUCUGGGAGGCUGGGAACCCCCAAUCCUGCUUGGCGAGAGUCCCUGGCGCAGACUUCCCUGACGUCCCAACGGCAUUGGCGGUUGGUCGCCACCUACAGCAGAAUAUGAUCGAAAUCACCGUUGGCUUUGAAAGUGGUCGUUUCAGCCUGUGGAACCUGGAUGUCAAGACACUGCGACUAAGCUUGCGUUUUACACACCCUGGAGCUGCCGAUGGGGCUAUCACGACCAUUGCCUUAUCGUUGCCUUAUGCUCUCAUGAUAUCUCAGCAUAAGACAUUAUCACUGUAUAAGGUCCCGCCCGAAGGCGACAAGCCAGGGCAACCUCUCAAGAAAGAAGAUCACCUGCUUGCGUCACUCAAGGCGGAUAGCAUUUUCUCCCCCGCAUCAUUAUCAAUCCGCAUUGUGGGCUCACAAGUCAUAGCGUCCAUUGUGUACAGUUUUUUUCACCUAGGUUGUGGGUGGUCGUUAGGGAUACAAGAACUGCAUUUUAAUAGACGCGGUCAACAAAGAAAUUCCCGGCUUGCAACGACCGUGGAAUCUCAGCACGAAACGAUGCCCCCCUAUUCCGCCCACGCGGAAGGCCUAUCUACUUUAACCCACGAAACCAGGCGUGGUCAGCGAUGGGCCAGACCCUCCGAGCCAUCGAUACUGCAUCGAGACCCGCCGACCUCGGUGUCUUACUCCCAUCCCUAUCUUUUAACUUCUCAUGCAGACAAUACCCUGACGAUGUAUCUUGUCGUAUCUACCGCCGCGAGUCUGUCUGUCAAAGGCGGUCGGAGAUUGUGGGGUCAUACUUCGUCAGUCUCGGCUGUACAAGUCAGUAAUCGCGGCAAGGCGGUAUCCAUUAGCUCGCGUGGAGGCGAGGUGAGGAUUUGGGAACUUGAGGCCAUAGUAUCAUCGUCUGGCACGCACAGAGCCCUGCGGGAAGAUAUUAGCAUCCAAGCUAGUCCCGAAAACAAGAAUAUUCAGGAGCAUAGUUGCGACGAGUUACGGUCUCAUGACAACAUUUUCCAGGCUAGUAGAGCUAUGGCCUCGUCUGCCGGACGUACAGCGUCCGAGUCCGCUCAAAUACGCAGCUGCGUUGGCUUCGAUGAAGAGCGAGUGCUCUUACUUCGCGAGAUGGACUUAGGGGGGCAAUUACUCGAGGUUUAUGACUUCACAUAAUACGAGGAGCCUGACUUGUAGGGCAACCGCUUUCUAUAUGGAGAAGAACCCAGGUUGAUGUCUCCCUGGGAUUGUC